AUGCGCCCCAAGGAAAGUACUAUCAAACCGGAGACUUAUGAGAAGAAGAGAGUCGACGAGUUUAGGGAAAAUGGGAAAGAGGACUCUGUUUUGGAAGUUGGCUCAACGCCUACAACUGGCAAUGCUAGCGACGAUUCAUCAUGGCGACGAUGUGUGCUGGAAGAACUUCGUAAAGCUCAAGGGGAGCCACUAACACCGGAGGAGUUAUUUGAGCGUUGCGGUGGAACAAAAGCAACGAAUCUCAGCAUAGACGCAUUCAUGGCUUUCGUUGGACAGCACUGCUCACGAGCUGUAAAGGCGAUUCACGAUGCAGGUGACGAAAACAGUCUCCCUAGAUAUGCUCUUCAUGUUGACUCCUCAAGGAAAACUGGUACACUGAAGAGGAGAGCGGCUAGGUCACAGAGUCAGUCAAGCU